CCCAGGUAGGUUGAGAAAAUGAGCGAGCCGCGGCAUAUUGUGGAUAAAGAUGGCGGAAGUUUCCACGUGGGUGAUGCGGGCGAGGUCUGGUUCCCGCCUUUCCCUCUCCAGAACUCCUACACCGAGCAGCUUGACAUCAUCAAACGUGUCAAGAUCAGGGAUGAUGACGUCAUCAUGACGGGAUAUGGCAAGAGUGGCUCCCACUGGCAUUUCGAGAUCCUGACCAUGCUCAAGAGGGGUACCACACACUAUGUCACUCACAGCAAGCCGGACCUUAUGCUGGACAGACUGACGGAACAGGAGGUGGACAAUAUCCCCUCCCCGCGUGUGCUCAACACUCACGUCAACUACCGCUUCCUGCCCACAGAGGCUUUGGAGAAGAAAACCAAGCUGGUGCUGUUGUUGCGGAACCCAAAGGACGUGUGUGUGUCUAUGUUCAACCACAUGAGAGACUGGACCAAGGGAGGCUACAACGGCACUUGGGAGGGAUUCUUCAACACAUUCUUGGAAACUGGAACCUGGUACGGCAACUGGUUCAGCUGUAUGAAGGACUGGGAGAAGGAGUUGUCCAACCACCCGCACCACCCCGUGUUCAUCUCGACCUACGAGGCCAUGCAGAAGAACCCGGUGGAGCAAAUAGGCAACCUGAACGCAUUCCUGAACACGCGUCGUUCACCUGAAUUCUGUCGUUGCGUCGCCUACAUGUGUAACUUCCACAACCUGAAAGAAGCCUCCAAGAAUGUCAAAGUAGACUCUUUUCCUGGAGUGUGGAAAGAAGGGUCACCGGGAUUUUUCAGAAGAGGCAUAGUUGGAGACUGGAAGAACUGGAUGUCCGAGGAACAAAACAAGAAAUUCGAUGACAAUUUCAAGAAACAGAUGUCCGAAUCUAAACUGGACAUUGUGUUUGAGCUGUGAGAAAGUCGAGUCGAAAAUCCCACUAAAAUCUCCAUAGUUCUCCCAGUAGCACUGUCGUAAUUGACCAAACGUCUUUAUUUUUAUUUACAGCAGUUUCGAGAUAAAGAGGCUUUUUUCAGCGUCCUUCUGAAAUUGUGAACCCUAAUAAAUUCAAAAAUCUAUACUCUAGUCAAUUUCUCUUUGAUCUUUUUUCCACACAAUUAGGGUAACUGAUCAGGCUUUCGAUUUUGCACCUUAUAAAAAUAAAAGAACUGACGCCAAAAAUGAAAAAAAGGGAGUUUGUCAGCUUACGGCAGAGCAGACAUGAUCGAGAAUUCUCUAGAAUACUCUAGAUUAUUGAAACAUCUUUAAUACAUCAACUGAUUGCCUACAAUAAUGUAUCAUAAUCAUAACUUGUUGCACCUUGAAAUUAUACUUUGGUACAAUAUUC